AUGGGUGUGCUGAUGCGGGCGUGGGGUCGGGACAUGAAGGUGGUGAUGCUGCAGUUUAUCAAGCACACCACGGCCAAUUUCGGCGAGCAGCGGGCUGCGGCCAAGAUGGGCAUAACGGUUCGGGCCAUGGGCGAUGGGUUUACUUGGCGCUCUCAGGAUCUGGACGCCAGCGCAGACCUGGCCCGGGCACUGUGGGAAGAUGCCAAGGAAGUGAUCAACGCCGGGGAAUACGACCUCGUUAUAUUGGACGAGUUCACCUACCCCAUGCAUUACGGUUGGCUGCCGGUGGAGGAUGUGGUCGAGGCGUUGACGAAUCGUCCCGAAAUGCAGCACGUCAUUAUCACCGGGCGACAUGCUCCGGCCGAGCUGGUCGAGUUUGCAGACCUGGUUACCGAGAUGAACGUGGUGAAGCAUCCCUAUGACGCCGGCAUCAAAGCCCAGCCCGGCAUCGAGUUCUGA